CUCGGGCGGGCGUCUUUCCGAACUUUUGUUUGGAAGGGUUGGUGCGCGAAGCGACGGAUUUAUGCCCCUGGCUUCGCGUCCGGCGGAGCGAGAGCGCGGGAGCCCCCGAGUCCUGCCCCCCCUCGCGUGUUGGGCCCCCGGAGCCCCCCUCCCGCGGAAGACGGGGGCGAGGCGAGGGAGGGAGCGAACGACUCCGGCGCCUGGGCAUGCGGGGCGGCCAGCCCGGCGCUGUUGCUUAAGCGGAGCGAGCGAGCGAGAGAACGCGGAGGGGAGACGGCCAUGGAUGUCGCCGGACAGCCCCAGCAGGCUCCGUCGGGGGCGGCGGCGGCACCCCAGCCGUCGUCGGCGCAGCCCCAGCCUACGGGGCAACCUUCGCCGCCGGCGCCUCAGCCCGGCGGGGGAGCCGUAUCCGGGCCGCCCCCGGCCGGCCAUCAGGUCGUCCACGUCCGGGGCGAUUCGGAGACGGACUUGGAGGCCCUUUUCAACGCCGUCAUGAACCCCAAGGGCGCCAACGUGCCCCACACGCUCCCUAUGCGGCUCCGCAAACUGCCGGACUCCUUCUUCAAGCCUCCGGAGCCCAAGGCCCACUCCCGCCAGGCCAGCACAGAUGCAGGAACGGCAGGAGCCCUAACUCCUCAACAUGUCCGUGCUCACUCUUCUCCAGCUCUGUUGGGAACAGUUUCUCCAGUUGCACUUACUCCAUCUGUUGUAGUUCCUGGAGGUACACCCUCUCAGCAUCUCCGUCAAUCAUCUUUUGAAAUCCCUGAUGAUGUGCCCCUACCACCAGGUUGGGAGAUGGCAAAGACACCUUCUGGCCAGAGAUAUUUUCUGAAUCACAUUGAUCAGACAACAACAUGGCAGGAUCCAAGGAAGACUCUCCUUUCCCAAAUGAAUGUCCCAGCUCCUACAAGCCCUCCAGUGCAGCAGAAUAUAAUGAAUUCAGCAACUGGCCCGCUCCCUGAAGGAUGGGAACAAGCCAUGACCCAGGAUGGAGAAAUUUACUACAUAAACCAUAAGAACAAGACUACAUCUUGGCUAGAUCCAAGACUUGACCCACGUUUUGGUAAAAGUUCCUGGCACUUAAAAUUCUUCCCUCCACCCGUCCACCCACCCUUUCCUCAGUCAUUUCUUAAUUGGCAGGAAUUGGCUCUCCGUAGUCAGCUUCCCAGUAUGGAACAAGAUGGCACCCAGAACCGAGUAUCCUCUCCCGGAAUGUCUCAAGAACUCAGAACAAUGACCACAAAUAGCUCAGAUCCCUUUCUUAACAGUGGGACAUACCACUCCAGAGAUGAGAGCACAGACAGUGGCCUCAGCAUGAGCAGUUACAGUGUUCCCAGAACUCCAGAUGACUUCCUUAAUAGUGUUGAUGAAAUGGAUACAGGUGACACUAUCAACCAAAGCUCCAUCCCCUCCCAUCAGAACCGUUUUCCAGACUACCUUGAAGCCAUUCCGGGGACUAAUGUGGACCUUGGAACACUGGAAGGCGAUGCAAUGAAUAUAGAAGGAGAGGAACUGAUGCCAAGCCUACAAGAAGCUUUGAGCUCCGAUAUCCUUAAUGACAUGGAAUCUGUGCUGGCAGCCACCAAGUUAGAUAAAGAAAGCUUUCUUACCUGGUUAUAGGGGCCUCAGGGUGAUGGAAUUUGAAAUCUUUGAAGGAUCUAAGGAGAUAAGACAUGUACCUUUGUUGAGAACGAGUCUGUAUCAUAAAGGCAUCUUGGCUUAUGAUCAGAGAGGAUAAUGUUUUACUGAACAAAAUACUUCAGAUUUUGUUGAUCCAAUGUUUUGUUCUUUUUUUUUUUUUGUCCAAUCGCUGCUGUUAUAUCGCUGACCUCUUUCACGUUGACUCUGAAGAAUUCUGGUUUAUUUUUUAUUUUUUUUCUGUUGCAACUACUGUUCAGCAUGGUGGCAAUGGACAGGGAGAGGAUGGGAAAGUUGGGAGAGAAAGAGAGAGAGAAAGAGACCAGCUAUAUUUCUGGAUGCUGUCUACCAUUCCUUUUGCCCUGCUUUCUGUUUGCUUGUCCUUUUCUUUGACUAAGGAUGUUGUGGAGCUUCAGCUUUUGUGUGUUGUCAAAAAAGAAAGAAAUAAAAAACUGAAUUGGCCCAGCAAGCCAAAAAUGGCAUAGCUGAUAGGAGGUAGGGUGGAUGGAGUCCAUACUAAUUUGGAAAUAAAGCAUAAAAUGUUUUAUUGUUGGGCACAAAUCAUGAGACAUUUUAGUGUUGGGUACAGUUCUUCAUGCUGCUUGAUCUAUAUUGAACAAAACAUGCCAAGGACGGCUGUUGGAUUGUGCCCACUGGCAGCUUCUUAAUUCCCUCCGUUAGUUUGCUCACAUUU